AUGCGGACGUCGAGGGUCUCGCGAGAGGCAGCAAGACUGGCAGAGAGCUUGACUUCACGCAGACAGGCCGUCAAGACAGAAGCAGAGGCCGUUAAGAAGGAGGAAGACGCGAGUUCAGGCCUCUCUUCGCCCCCUACGACAGACAUCGAGGACCUGCUCACGGCGACGAGGAAGCGCAAGAGAGCAGCUACAAGGACGAGGAAGGCUGUAAAGGCCGAAGAUGGAGAUGCCGGGCGCAUGAAGGGCGUCAAGGAUGAGCCGGGAGACGAUAUAAAGGGUCCGCCGAACUGGCAGGCCAUCUACGAGACCGUCAAGCAGAUGCGAGAACGCAACCCAACGGCCCCCGUCGACACGAUGGGAUGCGCAGAGCUGUACUGGCAGUCGUCCCCGCCCCGAGAUAGGCGGUUUCAUACGCUGAUCGCCCUCAUGCUCUCCUCUCAGACCAAGGACACCGUCACGGCCGCCGCGAUGAUGAGACUACACACCCAGCUCACGGACGAGACCCACGACAAACCCGUGGCAGAAGUCUGGGACCGCGCCCACCAGAUGGCUCCCAGCACGCUGAACCUCGAGAACAUGCUGGCUGUGUCUCCGGAGCGGCUGAACGAGCUCAUCGGGGCCGUUGGGUUCCAUAACAACAAGACACGGUACAUCAAGGCCACGGCCGAGAUCCUGCGAGAUCGGUUCGACUCAGACAUACCUUCGACCGUCGAGGGACUGAUCAGCCUGCCUGGAGUAGGACCCAAGAUGGCAUAUCUCUGCAUGAGCUCGGCGUGGAACAGACAUGAAGGCGUCGGCGUAGACGUCCAUGUCCACCGCAUCACCAAUCUAUGGGGAUGGCAUAAGACCAAGAACCCGGAGGCUACACGGGCUGCUCUCGAGAGCUGGCUGCCCAGGGACAAGUGGCAUGAGAUCAACAAGCUGCUCGUUGGGCUGGGGCAGACGGUUUGCUUGCCGGUGGGUAGACGGUGUGCCGAGUGCGAUCUCUCGGGUACUGGACUAUGUAUUGCGGAGGUCAAGGGCAAGCCGAAGAACACAAGAAGGAGAAUCAAUCCCGUUAAGGCAGACAAGGAGGAAGAAGAUGUUGGCUUCCCUGAAGUUCAGGAGAGCAAGAUUGAUAUCAAGAUGGACCCGGAGGAUAUCGAUGUGCCGGAUGUUAGCAAAGGCACCGAUUUUCCCCAAGUCGAGGACAGCAAGAUUGGUAUCAAGGAGGACGCUGAGGAGAGUAAGAUAAAUAUCAAACUCGAGACGUAG